GUCCUCAGCCGCCCCGCCCCUCCCCUCCAGAGCCCCCUGUUCCUUAGAAACCGGGCGGCGUGUUCCCGGUAUCGGUGAGCUGGAUUCCGGUGCCCGCGCAUCCGCACCAGCCUCCCUCAAGGCGGACCGGCGGCCUCCGAAACCGGUCGGGAUCUAUGGUCUCGCAUGCGGCUCUGGACGGGCGAUGCCAGCGUGCCAGGAACCAUGUUUGACCGGUACUAUGGGAAGGUCCGCUCUAUCCUGGAGACCCUUGUAAGGAGAUGAGUCGUUGAGCAGAGGCCAGAAUGAAGUUGCUGCCAGGAGUGGGAGUGUUUGGGACUGGCAGCUCAGCCCGGGUCCUAGUCCCGCUGCUGAGAGCAGAGGGGUUCACCGUGGAGGCCCUGUGGGGGAAGACCGAGGAGGAAGCAAAGCAGCUGGCCGAGGAGAUGAACAUCACUUUCUACACCAGCCGGACCGAUGACGUCUUGCUGCAUCAAGAUGUAGACCUGGUGUGCAUCAACAUCCCACCUCCGCUCACCCGGCAGAUAUCCGUGAAGGCUCUAGGCAUCGGGAAGAAUGUGGUGUGUGAGAAAGCAGCGACAUCAGUGGACGCCUUCCGGAUGGUGACAGCGUCUCGCUACUACCCACAGCUGAUGAGCCUGGUGGGGAACGUGCUGCGCUUCUUGCCUGCUUUCGUGCGCAUGAAGCAGCUGAUCGCGGAGCACUACGUGGGUGCAGUGAUGAUCUGCGACGCCCGCAUCUACUCUGGGAGCCUGCUCAGCCCCAGCUAUGGCUGGAUAUGUGAUGAGCUCAUGGGUGGCGGGGGCCUGCACACCAUGGGCACCUACAUUGUGGACCUGUUGACCCACCUGACUGGCCAGAAAGCUGAGAAGGUGCAUGGGCUCCUCAAGACCUUUGUGCGGCAGAACGCCACCAUCCGCGGCAUCCGGCACGUCACCAGCGAUGACUUCUGUUUCUUCCAGAUGCUCAUGGGUGGGGGUGUGUGCAGCACAGUGACGCUCAACUUCAACAUGCCAGGUGCCUUUGUACAUGAAGUCAUGGUUGUGGGCUCAGCAGGGCGUCUUGUUGCCCGGGGAGCUGACCUCUAUGGGCAGAAGAACUCGGCCGCACAGGAGGAACUGCUGGUGAGAGACUCGCUGACUGUGGGUGCGGGGCUCCCGGAGCAGGGUCUCCAGGAUGUCCCACUGCUCUACUUGAAAGGUAUGGUCUAUAUGGUGCAGGCCUUACGCCAGUCCUUCCAGGGCCAAGGGGAUCGCCGUACCUGGGACCGCACCCCGGUCUCUAUGGCUGCCUCAUUUGAGGAUGGACUAUAUAUGCAGAGUGUGGUAGAUGCCAUUAAAAGGUCGAGCCGAUCUGGGGAGUGGGAGACUGUGGAGAUGCUGACCGAGGAGCCAGAUGCCAACCAGAACCUAUGUGAAGCACUUCAGCGGAACAACCUGUGAGCCUACGCAUCCUUCCUCCCACAGGGCAGAGAGACCAGGGAGGGACUGGGAGCUGGGACUGGCUAUAGCAGACAGUGUCUUUUGUUUAAUAAAUCAACGAGGGCCGGGGCUAGGAGCUGGUUGAAGGUGGCCCAGGAAAAAGCCCAUCCGUCCGUUCUUGACUCCUCAGACUUGCAGGGUGGCCAGUGCUCUCAGGCUAGCCGUGUAUGCAGGUGGUUCUACAGAGAGCAGGGGCAGCAGAGGAUCCCUCUGUGGGCUGCUCAGCCUGACUUGUGGUCUGACAGGAUGAGAGAGCCCAAUAAAAGGAACUAGCCUGGCUGAGUCCUAAGGGGAGAUGGCAGGAAGCUGUGCCUGUCUUAGACUGGGGCGUCUCAGGACUGGUGAGGGCAACAGGUCAUCCCUUAGGGAUCUUCACCCACCCUCCCAUGUGAUGAGACCCUUCCAGCCCCCAGGCAGGCUCUUCCCACAGAAAAGGAGAUUUCUGUGUUAUACAUGGGGAGGAGGGCCCUGACUUGGCAGAGCAGAGACAAAGGAGAACUGUACAACAUCUGAGAAAUGUCAGUAAAUCAGUCAGAAAAAAUGUGA